AGACCUUCACCUCCAGAGAUGUUUUUAACGGAAUGUUGGGGGACCUGCCCUUGUUGCUAGUCGUGAGCUCGGGGUUCUCUCCCGCCCCCAGCAAACCGGGUAUCAACCAUCUGGAACAGUUUGAGACUGGGCAGGUAGUGUUCGCCUUCCAGAGGGCUUUUCACAGGAGAGUACUACUACACGACUCUCAUGACAGAACCCUCAGUCUACCACUGCUGUCUUCAAUUCUUUUUAGAGUCAAAGAUCCUGUAAACAAAGGCGAGGGGAAGGUGACGACUCUUGACGAUGUCGUGAAGACGAUGACCCUUCCCGUGAGGCUGAGCUUCUACCAGCAAGAGCACCUUGUGUUCACUGUGGGUCGCGAUCACAGGACACACGAGUACUUCGGAGACCUGACACUCGUGUCGGUGUACCUGGAGCCCUUCAUCGGCUGCUUGUUAAUUCAAAAUGAUGAUGGAAAGGUGACGAACAAAAUUGUGGCCCUGCCCUGUCGAUUUCGGAGACUGGGGAUAUCCCUGGUGGAGGGACUCGAAGGAGGAAGCGAGGGUCAAGAUACGCUGAAGGAACUCAUCACCUCUUAUGUCCAAGCUACUAAAGGUGUCUCUCCUCGACAGGAUCCAUUUAUGAAAGAACUUGCUUUAAUCAGCAAGAAAAUCAAGAUUAAGAAGGAAACGGACAUUCCUGAUUAUAUAGAUGAGGACACCUUCAUCGACAUCGUGAUGAAAAGACCACGACAACGACAAGGCGACGGACCGCUGAACUCCCCGCUGAAGACGAAAGAAGAUGAGGAUCAGGACCCGCAGUACGAGACCCUGUGGCCCCAUGACAGAGACAGUCACGUGUACGUUCUCCCUCCGUCUGACGUUGAUGACAAAAAUAGAAUUCUCACAAAGGAAAACCUGGAGGGGGAUUCUCAAACUGUACAGUAUGUCGCAAAAUCCCAGGAGCCUGUUUCGAUUUCAUCAAAUGAUGGCGUUACAGCUGUCUUGUUAAAGCCCUCGGUAGAAGCGUCAAAUGAUGGCGUCACAGCUGUCCUGUCAAAACCCUCGGUAGAGGCGUCAAAUGAUGGCGUCACAGCUGUCCUGUCAAAGCCCUCGGCAGAGGUGCUUCCCCCUGUUCCGCAUCACCCACAGGUGGCGCCCUCUUCAAGGGAUGCUACCCCAACAUCCUCGAAGGCGCCUGCACUGCCACCUGUUUCUCACCGAGUACCUCUGAGGUCUACAAGCACUGGAGCAUUAAGAGAAAGCACUCACACCUUCAUGCAAUCCUCAGCCUACAGCAAUCCCAACCUUUCCCAAGCGAUGGCGAAGUCCGACAGACCGGUCCGCAGUCAUCCAAGCCGCUUCGACAUCGGACAGUUAUCCGUGGACGAUGUUUGUCGACGUCUGAAGGAGCUGGGUUUAGAGAAACACUGUAAAAAGUUUAAGAAAUCUCUCAUCGAUGGAAAACUGUUAAAACGAAUAAGUCGGAAAGCUCUGGAGGAGGAGUUUAGACUGAGUGAAGUAGAGAUCGUCAAGCUGAGCACGUUCAUUGACGAGGGACACAUCCCUAAAUAAACAUUACUCUUUCAACUGGUUGUCAGAUCAGACACUCCUUGACUACAAAACAGAAACUUCUGUGUCUAUACACAGCUCCUUUCCCGUCACCGUAGGCGGGUGUAAAUCUCUUCACAUGCAAACACGGGUACCCACACAGCCAGGGACACUAGAGAAAGACUGCCAAGGCAGCUCGGGUGGAGCAGCGCUGACAGACCAUUUGUGUUUUGUAUGGAAGCCUGAGUCAAACAACUUUUGGCUUCUUUGUUUUUUGGGUUUUUCUUUUUUUUUUUUUUUUUUUUUUUUUUUAAACAUACAAGCAGUACCAUAAAAUCCUUUAAUAUAAAGGACAUUAUUCAGUGAUUCUUAUAUAUAAAUAAAACUUGGGAGUGGUUUCCCUUCUCCUAACAAACUUGCGGCGGCCACCUUUCCGUAUUUUUGUUUUUUGCUUGGAUUUGUUGUACAUGUAUUGCCUAUUAUACCGACCUGUAUUUUUUAUGACACCAUCGGCAUCAUACUGGACUUUAUUUUCAUGUGUCCUUCUGUUUUUUCUUUUCCUCGCCGUUAGUCUUCUCUGGCUAACUCCAUGUUUCUUCAUUUGUACAAGUCGUUCGGUAGACUUUCCAUCAGUGCCAAUCACGUGCUUCAGCAUUUUAUUGCAAUUUCUAUUUUUUGAUAAUGUGGACAUUUUUUGACGAUUUGUUCUGAUUUGCUCUAGUCCAAUGAC